UUAUGUUAUGUUAAAUGAUUGAAUAAAUAAAUGCAUAAGGUUUUUCUUCUAUUUCCAUGGUUAUGUGAAGUAUGACUUCAUAUUAUUGUUUCAUUAUUUAUCUAUUCAUUUACUCUAACAAUUUAUUUCUCUCUUUUAGGUUAACAACGACUGUAGAUUUGCCUACUGAGUUUGUGCACUUGUAUAUUUCCAAUUGUAUCUCAACCUGUGAAACAAUCGAAGAUCGCUACAUGCAGAAUCGGCUAGUACGACUGGUCUGUGUUUUCUUGCAAUCACUCAUCAGGAAUAAAAUAAUUAAUGUCCAGGAACUAUUCAUCGAGGUGCAAUCGUUCUGCAUAGAGUUUAGCAGAAUACGCGAAGCGGCCGCGCUGUUCAGGCUGCUGAAGCAGCUGGAGACGGGCGAGACGACUGCUGCCGUCGCGUCUACUGCGGCCGCGGUCCCGGCAAAGCCUAAAAUCGAGCAAUGAACGCCGAAUUCUCAAACCAUGAUGUCGUUACAGGCAUGCAGUGUCCAGGCAAAGACUAAAAUCGAACAAUGAACGCGCUGACUUCUGAAACCAUGUCAUUACAGGCAUGCAGUGCAGUAUGUGCAUUUCUACAGUGUGAUUCACUUUAAACCGUCAUCCUUUAAAAAUAAUUACAUCAACACUUCCCAUUCAACCAUAGCUGACAGUGUGAAGUAAAUCUCACUAUAAUACGUUUUGCAUCAUGAUAUUAUAUGGACUGUUUGCAAAGAUUUCUACAUUGGAAUGUGAGUGAUUUAGUUGGCCAACAAGCUAUUUUUUAAACAAAUUAUUACAGAGUAGCUAUAUAGUACCUUCAGUUUUCAACUGGAAAAUAAUAUGAUGUGCUUGCACAGGUUUAAUUAAUUUAUUUAUUUUAAUAAAAAAUCAUAAUAUAUUAUUUUAAUAAAUUUACAUUUUUUAAUUUAUUUAAUAUAAUGUUAAAAGAGUUCACUUUAAAACUGAUUUCUGUUCAGAUUUAGUUGAAACUUGCAUUGGGCAAAUGGUCCCAACACAAAUUUCAAUGGGUAUGUUUUGAUUCUUGAAUGAUUGUGAAUGUAGAGGUACUGUUGAUGAUAAUAAUAAGUGAAGAUUAUAUUAGUUUGGAUGAUAAACCAGAAAGAAUGACAU